AUGCGCCUGGAGGCGAAGAUUCAGGGAGUCCCAUUGGCAGACCACCUGUGCGUCCGUUGUGGUGCUGUUCGACAGCAAAGGCAUUUGGCUGACGAGGUCUUCUUUGAUGUGCAGAAGCCGCCAGUGCCCCUGGAGCUUCGAGUCUUCAGGCGAAGUGGUGGCAUUUCAAAGGCCGCUUUGGAUGAGUGUCGUGGAGAAGAUGGAUUGUACAAGGUGCACCUUCGGAGUAAAGACGGUCAUUCGAUGAGUGUCACCUUCCGUACCCGGAAGUGGUCUGAAGAUAAGAAGGUCCCCACGUCGGAGGAGGAGGCUGCGGCAGAGGCCUACUUGCAGAAGCAUAGCUUGCCUCAGUUUGUCAAGAAGGUCUUUGAUCAACUGCUUACUCAGCAGCCCAAGGAUCGAUCCCCGCAUGGAGGCUCUUGUGGGCGGAUGCCGCUCGAGCGGAACAGACUUCAAGUCUGA